AUGGCCUCGGACGCCUCCGCCUUCACCGCGACCGACGCCCCGCCCGCAACGCGCUCAGAAGCGACCCCUCCCGCCGUCAUCCCUUCAGACGACGCAGUCAGGUUGCUCAAGCGGCCUCGCUCACCUUCUCCUGCAUCGCCGCGAUCCCUCGCCCUCCAGUCCCAGGGCCUUUUGGCCCUUGGCUCCCCGACAAAGUCGGCUCGGCUGGCCCUCGCGUCCAGCAUCUCCCCGACGCCCUUGACAGCCGCAGCAGCUCUCGAGGACGAGCGCCGGCGACGCGAAGGCACCGAUUACGACGACGGGGCUCGAAUUCCUGCCCCGACGAGCGACAACCCUAGCCACAAGGCUCUCGCUUCCCUAAUGUCCGGUGCUGUUCAAGCCAUGAGCCGCCCUGUUGACGCGCCCCCAGCUGCGCCAACAGCGGCCAUGGAUGCUUCUCCAAAGGCUCCAAAUCCCGUGUCGCUGGCGCAAAACGCGACUAGCCAGGUUGAAGAGCGUAGUGCGACAAGUCCGCAGAGCGCUGCUAGUGUUGUCGGUGUUCCAGUGACUGAAAGUCCCACUCCAAUGGACGUUGACGCACCCAAGCUUGAGCAACAUCACCAACAGUCGUCGCAACAGGUUGUUGGCCAAGAAGAGAGACACCAACCAGGCUCGUUAUCAUAUCCAGGGUCGCUCCAGGCCACGGGUAACCUGGCGGAAACUCCUGCUAGAGGAAUGAGCUUCCCCAUGCCGGGGCAGGGCCAGACAUCACCCACGUCAUCCGCUUCCAAGAAGCAUAAAUGCCCCUACUGCAACACCGAGUUUACGCGCCACCACAACCUCAAAAGUCACCUCUUGACACACAGCCAGGAGAAACCGUACGUUUGUACCGAGUGUCAGAUGCGGUUUCGCCGGCUUCAUGACUUGAAGCGCCACGGGAAGCUGCAUACGGGUGAGAAGCCUCACGUCUGUCCCAAGUGUGACCGCAAGUUUGCUCGUGGUGAUGCUCUGGCUCGUCACUCCAAGGGUGCUGGUGGUUGUGCUGGACGACGGUCAAGCAUGGGCAGCUUUGUUGAUGAUAAUGAUCUGGAGAACAGCAUUGCCGAAGCUGAUGAGUCGGCCAUGUCUGGCCUCGCUUACGAUAAUGCAGAGGAUGAUGAACUGAGGCGACAAAGUCUGCCUAGCAUCACGACCCAGCACGUUGCUGGAGCUCAAGGUGACGGCUAUGGUGCGCAUGCCCGGACUUACCCGCCGCCUGGCGCGCGACCGGGCUCGGGAGGGCUUUUCCCUCCGAACGUGAGCCAGCAGCAAAACCAAGCGGGCUCCAAUGCCUCACAGAAUGUGGCCAACAAUUUGGCCGCCCAUACAGCCAGCACCAACAUCUCGCCGUUGCCCGUUACGGCGGCCAACGCAAACAUGUAUUCACAGACGGGGAUUACAGAGAGUCCCAAGCCUUUGAGCCCUGGAGUUCAAGGUCACGAUGGCAACAACCUGGUGCGGCAGCGCUCGCCCAGCUUGACGCAGCAGCUUCAGCAACAGCAGUUUGGACGCCGGACAUCGGACCUACAAUCGCCUCACAGCACGCAGCCUCGGCCCAAGCUUCCCGGGCUGUCGCAUCCUGAAUUUGCCGCGCCCGGCUCCGCCGGCUUCUCCCACACCCGGAGCGGGAGCGGCGCGGCGCCCACCAACGAGAGCAACAUGUUCGCACAGAGCGACCCUAGUGUCUGGGCUUAUAUCCAAACACUGGAGGAAAGGGUUAAGACUCUGACGGAUAAGGUUACUACUCUGGAUCAUGUGGUGGCAGACUUGAAGCAACAAAUGGAGACACGCGACGCCGCGGCAGCAACAGCGGCGGUCAAGGCGUAG